AUGAAGACCGCCGCUCUCGCACCGCUCUUCUUCCUCCCCUCUGCCCUCGCCACGACGGUCUAUCUCGCGGGUGACUCGACCAUGGCUAAGAAUGGAGGCGGGUCGGGAACCAACGGCUGGGGCGAGUACCUCGCUAGCUACCUCUCCGCGACAGUGGUUAACGACGCGGUCGCGGGCCGCAGCGCGCGCUCGUACACACGCGAGGGUCGGUUCGAGAACAUCGCCGAUGUAGUGACGGCGGGCGACUACGUGAUCGUCGAGUUCGGCCACAACGACGGUGGCUCGCUGUCCACGGACAAUGGACGCACCGACUGCUCCGGAACCGGGGCAGAAGUCUGCUAUAGCGUCUACGACGGGGUCAACGAGACCAUCCUCACCUUCCCCGCCUACCUGGAGAACGCCGCCAAGCUGUUCACCGCCAAGGGCGCCAAGGUCAUCCUCAGCAGCCAGACCCCCAACAACCCCUGGGAGACCGGCACCUUCGUCGACUCCCCCACGCGCUUCGUUGAGUACGCCGAGCUGGCCGCCGAGGUCGCUGGCGUCGAGUACGUCGACCACUGGUCCUACGUGGUUAGCAUCUAUGAGACCUUGGGCAAUGCCACCGUCAACUCGUAUUUCCCCAUCGAUCACACCCACACCAGUCCUGCGGGCGCGGAGGUCGUGGCUGAGGCGUUCUUGAAGGCGGUUGUUUGCACGGGUACGUCGUUGAAGAGUGUGUUGACGACGACGAGCUUUGAGGGGACAUGUUUGUGA